CAGUCUAUUACACAAUAGAGUCAUGGCCAUUAGCCGAGCUAAGGUUUCGCUCCUCUCGUCUCCAGUGGGCUAUAAUCUUGGGAGAUGACAGAUGGACACAUUGGGAAGAUUGGAGCCUGUGACCCUGCAGUCUAAAGACAACAUGGAGCAAGGCUUCAGCUUCAGCACACUGGUGAGUCUUGUCAGUCAGUGGUAAGGGUACUCAGGGUGGGGGGUGAAGCGGGGAGGGUGUGAGCUGUGUGUGAAGUGGGAUAGGUGGGAGGUGAAGAGGCGGUGUGAAUAAGGAGGGGCUUGAGUGCUCUUGUCUUUGGAAUUUAAGAAUUCAAGGUUAGUAUAGGAAGGCUGAUGGAAGGCUGGGGUGAAUGGGUUUACUCUGCAGAGGGGGGUUAUGAGGCUCUGGGAAGGCACGUGGGUGGGCUGUAUUGAUGUCUUCUGUAGAGUGGGGGGGGGUGAGGAGUGGGAAUGGGUUAGUGGGCAAGUGGGUCUGGGGGGUCCACGCCAACGGUUUCCUCUGACUCACUCCCAUUAGUAUUCCCACUGCAGCUGCUCUGACAUUCAGACUCAUCUCUCCAUUCAGGACCAUCCCUCCAUCCUGGGUUGGGAGAAAUGGAUUGAAGGAGAAAAGGAGGGAUAGAGCGGAUGUUAGCCUCUUCAGACUUCACUUCCUCUGCUCAUGAAUAGAUUAUUAGACAAAGGAGAUGUUAUUAUCGAGCCCUCAAAAGAGCGAGCGCUCGUGCCUGCUUCAACUGUCACUGCCAAAAGGAUGACUAAAUUUGAUACUUCAUCGAGUGUCCAAACAUUUCCCCCAUUAUUUUGCCCAUUAUGUUCUGCGAGCAAUGGGUUCUCUAUCCCCCUGUAGAGUCCAGUAGAAUCUUGAUAAGACACCCACAUUCAAUAGUAACCUUAUAGGAACUCUGCAGCAGCAGUGUCCAGUGUAUACUGUGCUGUGCUCAUUAAUAUGGUGCAGAGCAGGGCCGCUCAGGCCAAAGUGGGGGCUAGCAUAGCAGUGGGCUCAGAGGGAUCAGCUCCCUCCUCAAUCCCCCCAUCCUCAGCCCACUGAGCCUGCUCUGGCCGCCCUGUCCCAGUGAAGGAUGAACAGUGAUGAUGUUGUCUGGUCACGUGACCUCCUGGAGAGGGAGGGCUGGGAGACUACUGAGGGAGACAGCCCAUGUUGAUGCUAGCUGUUUCAGAAGAAGCUACAGUAGUACUGCUGCUAGGGGUGAUAGUGUUGCUGUGUCAGGCUGUUGGCCUUAGGGUUUUUCUGCCCAUGUAGACGCUGGUACUGAUGCAAUGUUAGUGAUGAAUGUGUUGUUUUAGGCCCUGGGGUGUAGAGGUGUGCUAAUGCUGGUGUUGAUAACCAGGUUGUCUUAUCCAUGCUUAGUCCUAUCCUAACCAAAACUAGCCUUUGAUCAGUUUCUAGGGACACCUACUACACUGAUGCUUGUGAUUACUUUGACUCUUAAGUUGACCUCUGUGACUGUUCUGCCCGUGUCCUCUCUGACUCUGACCCUGGUGUUUGAACGUUGAUCUCUGAUCCUGGUGACCUUUGAUCCCCAACAGAAGAAGCUGGCGGCCGAGCCAGAUCACACAGACGUGAGCCUGACGGCGGCAGAGCGUGUGCGGACCCUCAGCAAGAUGGGCUGCAGCAUCGAGAUCAACGAGGAGAUCACGCCACGCCACUACUUCCGCUCCGGCGUGGAGAUGGAGCGCAUGGCUGCCGUGUACCUGGAGGAGGGCAGCCUGGAGAACGCCUACGUCCUCUACAACAAGUUCAUCACGUAAGGAGAGGAGAGAGAGUAUCUUAUACCUGUGUCUAGACUAGGGCCUAUGAUAGAGUGUAAUAUUAGCAAACCUUUGAGCUAUGUCCAAUGUACUUAUGGCAGAUCAAGUAUAUUAUCUGAUGAUUAACACACUACAGUACUUCAUAAACUGUAAUCUGUCUAACCACCCACAAUCUCUCUGUUGUGUUCUAGUCUGUUUGUAGAGAAACUCCCCAGCCAUCGAGACUACCAGCAGUGCAGUGUGCCUGAGAAACAGGUGAUAAUAAAGGUAAUCCCUUGGGCUUCUGUAGUGAGUGGACCCCUGUGGUGCUCAGCCCUGCAGAAAGCCCAUUAACAUCAAGGCUCAUUAGCCUGGCUGGAGGGAUGGAGAGAGGGGUGGCAGGGUGGUACGAGGGUCCUGUCUGUCUGGCUGAGUGGUAGGCUGCUUAGUGGGUGCCUCAUACUUAGUGGGGGGAUUCAGGUCUGCUUUGAUUUAAGUGAUGUAUGUUAAGGUAAGAGAGUCCAAGGUCAGCUCAGGGACAGCACUAGUUUAGAAAGGGCUGUAGAUUACCUUUUGUUGUCAAACAAUAGAAGCGCCACUAUGAUCUAUUAAGUGCUUUGAAAUGGUAGAUGAAUGGCUCAUAAUUUUUUAUUCAUAAAGUAAUGAUUCGGCCCACUCUUAUUGACCAUUGGAGCUGCAAAGUACCACUGCUAAUGGAAGAAAGUGUUUCCCUGCCUGCACUCACACAGUUGAUAUUAUUCUCAGAAGUUGCAAGAUGUCGCAUUUCCGCGGAAAGAUCAAUUGAAGAAGCUCCUCCACGAAAAGUACAACAAGGAACAUACAGAGUAUCUCAAUAGUCAGGUAAGGAUUAGCACCCAAACCUUUCAUUACAUUCAUUGAGAUUAGCUAGGAGGCUGCCUGGAAGCUCUAUUUGUGGCUCUAAGCCCAGUGCUAGCGUGCAACACCUGUUCAUAUUAGUUACAGUGUGGUAUUUGUAUCACUUUUUCAUGAAUGUGAAUACUUCAAUGCAGCAUUUUAUAGUUACAGUUGUAGUUUAUGGUAAGUAGUGAUGAGAAGUGUUUAGGAGUAAGAUCAUGUAUAUCAACAAAUUGUACUGAUAUUGAAAUGGCACAGAUCUGAAGUGUUAUGUCUGUACCUUUGUUUGUGCGUGCACAUGCGUGUUCAUGUGUGCACUCGUUUGUAUGUGUGUGCAGAGCCAGGCGGUGGUGGCAGAUGGCUGCGGCCAGCAGCUGCAGAGGAUGUCUCUGGUUGAGCAGGAGAGGCAGAGGGUGGCACAGCUGCGCAGGAUGCAGAUUGAGUCGGAGCAGUUCCGCUACUUCGAGGACCAACUGCGCAGACAGGAGCUGGCCAAUCGCAGAGACGAGGCGGUCGCUAAAGUGCCUGAACAAACGGACGGGUCCUGCCUGUCUCACUCCUCCAAGAACCAUGUUCGUCUCGACCCAAACCGCAAUAAACAGCCUCUCCCCAGCAGCAAGCCAGCAGCUAAACUGGCUGGCGUACAUAGUGAGUGUCCUGCUCCAGUUAGAAUAUAACAUCUAGGUUCUAUAUUUUCGAUUGAGUGAUUGUUACUCAGAGACAAUCCAUUAGUAUGGUAAUAGGGAAGUCAAUAAUGAGGUACAUUAAUAGAUACUGAAUAUAUUUGAGCUGGUUAAUCACUGUCGAUGCAUGUUUUUGUGUUGCAAAGUGCUGCAUGAGUCACACUGAUUGACAUCCUGUUAUUGUUGUUCUACAUACUGUGCUUACGUGUGUGUGUGUGUGUGUGUGUGUGUGUGUGUGUGUGUGUGUCCAUACAGAUCAACGGGUUGAGGGCCUGAGGCGGGUGAUCAUUCCUAGAGACCUGACCUACAGGUUUCUACUGCUAGCCGACAGUAACACAGCCAGGGGUAUAGAGACAUGUGGGGUCCUCUGUGGAAAACUGGUAAGAUAUGCUCUGCUCUGUACACAAACAUUGAUCUUUUUUAUUUGUAGACAAACUGCCAGUUUAUUGGGGAAAGUCAAACUUCCCAGGUUACUGUUUACCUUAUCUAAGCAUACUGUAGGAGACACCAUUUGUACUCAGUGCCAUUCUAUCUGCAAACAAUAGUUAUGUCAAGUAGGAGGAGAGAGGGAGGUUGCCAAUGUAAGGUGUUCAAUGUUCGAAGUUCAAGAAUAAUAUUUGAAGUUGAUUGUAGUUGCUACGGUAUUUGCUCUCAUUUUCUGAUGUAUGUCAUGUGCAUGCUUCAGAUUGCUGUGUGUAGGUGGGUGUGCCAAAUCCUGCAAAGUAGCAAUAACAGUAUGUCAGUGCCAGUAGACUUAUGAGCAGUUAUUAGCAACUAUGUUGUGCAUUGUAAUGCACUAGCUCAUAGGAAGUGUUACCUUUGUUUCUUCCAGACUCAAAACGAGUUCAUGCUGACCCAUGUGGUGGUGCCCAAACAGUCAGCGGGCCCAGACUACUGUGAUAUGGAGAACGUGGAGGAGCUCUUUAGUUUCCAGGACCACAACAACCUACUGACUCUGGGCUGGAUCCAUGUGAGUCGACACUACACUCACACGUACACACAUAUGCGCAAGCACACACACGUACACGUGCAUGCACACUCACACUUACACAUACACAUGCACGCAAACAUGCACAUAUACACUUACAGAGAGGCAAUCUCGCCUAUUCUAGUCAUUUCUCAUUUUUAUGCCUUACAAUAAACAUGUCAAUGACAAAGCCUACUUACAUGAGUGCCUACAAAAAUGCACAGCCUUUUGUAAUUUAUUUUCAAAGUCAAAAAGUAGGCGUAUUAGAUUUCAAAUAAGUAGUUACACCAGCAAAAUUGAGAAGAAGUAGAAUAAUAAAAGAAAUAUGAGGUAUAACCGUACUGUUCUUGCUGAGAAGGACACUAUUUAUCCUGUAAAAUGAUUCCUUAUGGAAAAAAACAUACAUUUCACAUGUGAACACAUGUUAAGUGUUCCAAAAACACAUGUUUUCAUGUGAUCACAUGUGAUCUUAUGUGAAGUUAAUGUGAUAACGUGACAACAUGUAAAGCGAUGUGGUAACAUGAAACUACAUGUGAAAACGUGAUCACGUGAAGUGUUCUAAAAACAUGUGUUUUUUUUGUAAGGGAUAGCCCAUCAGUGGAACAAUUCCUAUUCCUUAUGACUUACAUCAGUUAAUGUGAAAGAAAGAAAUGAAAAAGAAAAUCUCAUGAAGACAACAAAGCAUAGCCUACAUUUACCCAGGGAUACACUCUACCCAAAUUAUGUCUAUUUAUUUUUUCCCACUCUAAUAAAACGUAUACUUUUGGGUUCACAAUGUAUUUUUUUUUUAAACUAAAUGUGUGCGUGUCCAGUUACAAGGUUGUUAGCUAAUAAGGUAACAUGACUGAACAGCCUGUUUGUUAUUAGACAAAUAGGCUAGUAAGUGGCCUGUGAGUAACCUAGUUUUAAAACUGCCUGGGAAAUUGUAUUUAUCAAAUGCUUCCCGCGAAUUCACGAUAGAAAAAAAACAAGAAACUGUACCUCUGGUAAAAUGGAUCAUAUCUUUUUGAAUAGUUUGGGCUACAGACACACUGUUUUCACUGAGGUAAUGGUGAAACCAUGACAGUCACAAAGCUGAGCACUUGCCUAGCGUGUAAGUGAUGCGCCAUUUAUGGAAACUUAUAUCAGACUUACAGCCUGCAAUUUCAAAAUUCUUCGACCAUCAAAAGGUUCGGGGCUUGACCAAAAACAUUUGGGGCUGCAGCCCCGGAAGCCCAGGCCUAAUAACGCCUAUUGACGCCUAAAAUGGGAGUUAUAGAGGGGAGGGACACAGUGAAAUGUAGUUCCGCUGAUUUUGGGGAAUAAACAUAUUCUGUAAAUAUCAGAUAUAAUACCUAACAUAUUUUUGACACAGUUCCAUUAUCUACAACCAACCCUUCUGACUGUUGCUCCCCUCUUCCCUCAGACCCACCCCACCCAGACGGCCUUCCUGUCCAGUGUUGACCUGCAUACACACGGCUCCUACCAGCUCAUGCUGCCUGAAGCCAUCGCCAUCGUCUGCUCGCCCAAACACAACGAGUGAGUCUCUGUCCCUGUCCCUGUCUGCUAGAAUGAGUAAGCCUACUGAUGCUAACGCUAAAGAAAACCAAUCUACUAAGACAUGCAAUGUGGGUGGUAUCAAAUAGUUUAUUCAGUAGGGAACAAUGUUAUAGGAAAUGCAUGAUGUAGAACCGACAUGAUGAUUCUCUGUGAUGUGGAAUAAUGAGUCGUGUCAGUUCUAUACUUAACAUCUCUAUCUGAUUCUACACAGCUCUAAAUGUUCUACCUCACUGAAUAAGCCUCAGGCAUAAGUUAAGCUCUCAGAUGACCAACCUUAUGUAGGCCUUAGAGUUGCUUGGCUGGAAGACGAUCUAGUUUUACCAGAUGGAUGUCAUGACUUCCUUUGGCAAUGAGAGCUCUACUGUAUAUAGACAAGGCCUGUGUCUGUGAGUUGCAGUACGGGGGUGUUCAGACUCACCAGCUCUGGGAUGGGGGAGGUCGCCGCCUGCAGGCUGAAGGGCUUUCACCCACACUCCAAGGACCCGCCGCUCUUUAGCGUAAGUAAUACACACAGACAUUUUCCCAGCAGAAAGAGAGGCCUCACUACUUCCCUCUUAUUCAGCACAGUCACAAAUAGAGCUUGUGUGUUCAUAUAACCCUCUAUUUUUUAAAUGUAACCUUUAUUUAACUAGGCAAGUCAGUUAAGAUCAAAUUCUUAUUUACAAUGACGGCCUACCCCAGCCAAACCCAGACGACACUGGGCGAAUUGUGCGCCGCCCUAUGGGACUCCCAAUCACGGCUGGUUGUGAUACAGCCUGGAAUCGAACCAGGGGGUCUGUAGUGACGCCUCAAGCACUGAGAGGCAGUGCCUUAGACUGCCGCGCCACUUCAUGGUUGUGCUUCUCCACUAUUUCUGUUAGUUAACCUGAGAAUGAAACAAAGCCUUUUCUAUUUUCAGAUCUGUAGGCAUGUUGUUAUAAAGGACUGGAAAACAACAGUGCUGGACCUCAGGUGACAGCGAGGGAAAGACACCCACAACCCUCCCCCUCCUCCCCAUCACAAACUGGAACUCCUAUUUAUAUCUUUGUUUACAAUGAAGGCUUUUGUAUUUAUUUAUUUAUUUGAAAUGAGGUACUGUGAAUUGAAACUGCUUUGCAACACAGAAUGAUGUGAGCUAUGGAGUUGUUCUAAUGGUGUUGUUUUAUCAACCCUUUAUUUAAGUUGUGGAUUUUUUGGGGGGGCUUUUUGAUAGCUUGGCUUGUCAGUUUUGGCAGAGGGGAGUUUUUGAGCCAUAUAGUCUUUCUGCUUGUCAGAUUUUAUGUGAAAUUCUUCAGAGCUAACUAUUUUAACACGCAGGCCUACUGUAAAUGGCCUUAGGUGUUUCAGUGUGAGAACAACUGCCUGAGAAUAAAGUGUGUCUGCGAGCGGGUGCAUGUGUUACAUGAAUGAUAGUCUCCCAUGAGGGUAUCCUUACCCUUAACUUUCCUGGUACAGGAUACAACAGACAAGACUUGAAAGACACAAUUAUACAUUUUUGCACAAUUGAUUACAUAUGCAGAGAUACAACAAACAAACAAAACAUUUUUUUAAAACUCAAUAUAUAAUGGACUGAUU